CACGUUCCCAAGCUCACAGCAGCAGCACACUCGCUCCCUGCCUUCUCCGUGGCGGCCCGCCCGCGCACACCCUCCCUGCUAAAACCCUAACCGAUCGGGGAAGCGACCUUCUAGAACCUUCUCUGAUGGCGUUCCUCCGGGCUCUCCAGCGAGCCCUCCCGCAGCUGUCUUCGCCGGUGGCGGCUCUACUCCGGCGCGCCCCGCAUGCGCUUCCCCCUCCUCCGGCUCCUCUUCGGUUUCUGGAUCCGAUCGGGCGGCGCCCCUUCUCCGCCGCCGCCACCGCCUCGCAGGCGCCGCCCAUGGGGGCCAGCCUCUUCAGCGGGCUCAUGGACACCCGGUUCCCGAAGCGCCGGCCGGGCUUCGCCAACCGGCGGAAGAGGGCCAGCUUGCGCCCCAAAGGUCCAUAUUACUGGGUGAAGUGCAGUCCUGGGGAACCCAUACCAACUAGCCAGCCGAACAAAGGGAGUGUGAAAGGGAGGAAGGAGAAGAAGCGGAUCAAGCAGCGCAAGGCCUUUAUCAUGGCUGAAAAGAAUAAGCGCAGAGCGCAGUAUUCUGCUGCGGUUAAGAGAAAGGAGGCAGAACGAACAGAUAGGAAGAUGGCUGCUGUGGCAAGAGACCGGGCAUGGGCAGAAAGGUUGAUAGAGCUAAAACAGCUUGAGGAAGAAAAGAAAGCUGCAAUAGCUUAAGGAGCUGCUCUGGAAAAUGGCAAGGCGUCUAACUUGUUUCUGCUGCUGCAUUUCCCUAUUUUUUUUCCAGAUAGUCUAGAAUGUCAUAAUUCUUGUGAUGGAAGACUAGCUGUACCACUUCUUUUAACAGUAAUAUCAAAUGCUGGAACUGGUUUUAAUACAAAUUUGAUAAAUCCAAGUUUGGAGUUUGUGUUCAGUGAUGUAUUUAGAAUAAAUGAUAUGAUGGUUCUUGUGUGCUGGAGAUCUGGAAUGACCAGUGUCUGCAACCUACAA